AUGGAGGAGAAAAAUCAACAUGGGAACUGUUCUCAUGACGAUCAAGUCAACAGCACCACCUCAGUGCUGAGCAAUGGGGCCCCACAAAAUCUCAUGCAGAGGAUUUCUCAAGAGCACCCCAAGGAAGUCCAAUUUUCCAAAAUGGCCCCACCGGCCGAAGAGCCCCUCGACCUGAACAUCGGACUCUCUUUUGACGAUCUCUUCGAAGAGAGCAAGGAGGGCCCAAAUCCUAACCCUUUCUCGUCGACUGCAACGGGAGCAACCGCUGUCAAUAAUGUGAACCCACCAAAGAACAACAAUGGCAUUCAGCCGCCACCACUGCAGCCGCAGCAACAACCAUUGCCUCCGUACCAUACCACAGACAAUAACAGCUUGGACGAAAUCAGCUCGUAUGUAGAGGAGCGAAAGAAGAAGCAGUUCGAGGCCUACAGGAGGUUCAUCCUGAGGAAGAGGGCCCGUGAACGUGCCGAGGUGAAGAAGAAGGCAGUUGCUGCUGCUGCAUCCCUGCCGGCUCCUCCUCUUGCAGCAGCAGCGGCAAUGCAGCUGCCUCAACAUCCACCACUGAAGUCGAUCACGCUGCCAAGAGCAGCAGCUACUGCAUCGCCCUCCGCUCCUCCUUCUCUGCUGGUAGCAGCAGCAGCACAGCCACCUCAAGGUCCACUGCCGAAGUCAUUGGGACUGCCAAGAGCAGUGGUUGCCGCAUCCCCUCCGGCUCAAUUUCUAGCGGCAGCAGCACAGCCACCUCAAAGUCCACUGCCGAAGCCGACCGUGCUGCCAGGAGCAGCAGCUUCGGACAUGGAGAACCUCAUGCUUCGUUGGGCUGUGGAGAAGAUGAAUGCCCUAGGAGAGUCCUAUGGGAAAAAAAUACUAAAAGGAGCAAGCGCUCACGCCCGAGGCACAGGCUCUUCCAGCUCUCAGCAGCCAUGGGCAUCUCCCCAACCAAACUCGGAAGCAAAAGCCUGCACUGCCAAGGUGAUCUAUGAAAAGUCGGCCAUCGUAAUCAAGGAUACCUCUCACGGCAAGCAGAUCAAGAGACCUAGGCUUCUAAAUGCUGUUCAAAGCAACAAUGCUCAUCAGAAGAAUAGGAAAGACAAUGGAGUGAGAGGAAUGAAGCAGUUGCUGACUGUGACCACCACAGGAGAUGGGCCAGAGGGCAAGAAGGUGGACGGGUUCCUCUACAAGGACGGCAAGGGCGGCGACAUCCUCAUCGUGUGCCUCUGCCACGGCGUGUUCCUCAGCCCAACCGACUUCGUCAAGCACGCCAACCACACUGAUUGGACCAACCCCAUGAAGCACAUUGUGUUCAAUUCGCCGCCGCUGCCGCCUCUGUAA